CGCAUUACAGUGUCUUAUCAAAAGUAACGUGAUGGCUAUUUCUAAUUUUAAUUCACAAUAACAAGUGUACUAUCAGACGUAAUGGACGAUUUUAUUCGUUUUAUUACAUGGAAUACAAAGAAAAGAGCAAAUCAAAGGACAAUAUCAUUAUCUCAGGUGAUGAACCGAAACAAACUUUCCGAAAAAUAUCACAUGCUUUUAUUUUGCCGGAAUAUUUAACUACUUAUCAGAUACUGAGUGAAUCAAAAUGUCUUCUACAAAACGCGGUUCGGAAAACGUUUGUGCCGCCGGUCAAAACAGAGAAACGCCCACAAAGAAAAGAAAAAAUCAAACUGAAGAACAUGAUGAGAUUGACGAUGAGUGCUCUGGUGCAAAUGUAAAUGGCUCUGAAAAUAGCCUUUACGAAACUCAACUAUCGGAAAGACAGGAUGAAAUUCUGUAUCUACAAUUAGUGUAUAUGUUCGUUGGUUUUGGAACAAAAGUGGUUUUAAAUUUAUUUAUGACCUUACUAAAGAAUGACAACAGAUCUCUUGUUACUUUCUUGACAUCACCUGAGUCGCAAAAGACACUUGAAGAGUUAAAAAGAAAGAAACUAUUAAGUGCAAAAGAAUACAGGCUUUCAAGCGGGAAAUGUCCGAAAACAGAAAACUUUGACAUAUCUCUUUUAAUAACUUUAUUACAGAACUUGUUACCAGAAAAAAUACUUCCUGCACCGAAAGAAGGCUGGCAAAACCCUCCUCAUCAAACAGAUCAUUCCAUAUCUGCAGAUUUGUUACGUCUCCGUAUGAUAAGAAAUGAAUUUAUUGCACAUAUGGCAAGACCCCCAAUUCCUUGUUUUAAAUUCGAUAGAAUCAAGGAUGAGUUGUUGAUAAUUUUCAUCCGAAUUACCCAAACACUCGAGCCUCACAGGGAAGCGGAAGAGAUAAAGACAGAAAUAACCAAUAAAAUUGAUUCUUAUCAAGUUCGUGUAGGUUUGUCAAGGACAAAGCAAUAUGAAAGUCUGAUAAAGGAAUGGGCAACAACAUUCAAUGAAAGGGUAGAAAUGUCUCUCAAAACAGUGAAUGAGUUUGAGUUAUACUUUACCGAAAGACCAAGGCGAUACGAGCGGUAUAUGAAACUACUUAUAGAGGGUGGUAACAAAGUUCUGUAUGGUGUAUUAGAAAGAGAAUGCAAAAAGAGAAACACUAGUGUGCUCACAUACACCGAUUCUCUCCAAAGUCAACGUGGUUACGAAAGAAGUUUUACAGACAGUACCACGCCAGAGUGUGAUGUCACUAAACUUGCUACACUGUUACUUGAGCGCUUUUGUGAUGAGUUAAGUGAGAAUGAACGAAUAGAAAUUAAGAAGAUACGAUGUGCUGUGGAAGAACAUGCGAAUGCGAUUAUCGCUUCAUUGGACAAUGAAAGCUUUACCUCACUGUGGACAAAUCUUGUCAGUUGUAUAAGAUGUUUGUCGAUGAUGUUAGAUACAAAAAUAAAAACGCAAUGUGAUGAUCUCAUUGAAAAAUGCUCAAAAGAUGUUGAGGCUGAUUUGAAAGAUUUCCAACGAUAUUGUACAAAUUUGAAGAGCCUCACUGAUGUGUACCAAGGUGAAAUUAAGCAGUUAAGAGACCUAUUAACGGAAAUGAAAGAUAGUGAUAUACCAUUCCAGAGGCCACAAACUUUGGAAAUCAAAAUUAUAACACUUGGGGAAAACAAAGAGAAAACAAAUAUGGCAGAGAAAAUAUUAUAUACAGUCUGGAAAGAGGCUUUGGAACGAGUUGAUGAUUCAACUUAUUUCAUAUCUGUCAGGACAGAGGUUGACAAAAUCCUUAGUACAAUAAGAAGCACGCCGGAUAUUACAGAUAUUUCUGUUGCACAUAAAUGCAUUAUACUAAGAAUACAAUCUGAUACACCAGCUGCUAUUUUGGAACUUUUUAGUUAUUUGGAAAAAGGCACUUUUGAACAAUGCAUGAAUAUAAUUGGAUGUGAAUUGGGGGCAAUUUUUGAUGAAGUUUUUACUUUGAAAUCGAACUUUGCUCUUGAAUCUCUACUUAGAAUUUCAUCAAACAUACAAGAUAAAGGAAAUCCUGGAAAUCAAAAUGGUAUCCGACUUCCGAUUACGUGCAAAUCAGCCGCUGGUUUAAUGGAAGUAUGGUCACUAUUUCAAAGUAAAGAAAUGGAAGGCAGUACAAAGAUGAUGGCUAGAUCUUUUUCUGAAAAUCUGGGACAAAACAUUAUGCUACAAACUCAUCCGGGAUUUGUUCACUAUUAUAAGGAAACAGGAGGAGGAAAAUACAUCAGGAUAGGUGACCAUACGGAAGACAGGGAGUGUUUAACACAACCAAUCGUUGAUGUUAAUUUAGACAAGGUACAUCAUGACCAUGUUCUUCCAGGACAGUAUGCCUCAAUGAUGCCAGUGAACAUGAGCACAGAUAGCAUUUGUGGUUAUUACUCCAUGGGCGAUGAAUACAAAACAGGAGGAAACAAACAACCAACUGAGACAACAAAAGCGGAGCAUCUUCACAGAGUGGAGAAUUAUGACGAGAAAAAUGAUCUAAUUCAAAGCGUACUACAUUCCCUUGAAAAUACAGACAGUGAAAACAGAGGUGACGGUGAAUCUACACAUGUGCAGACACAAAUAUCUAUAGGCGAUUGUAUAAGGCCAGUCGACAAAGGUUCAAUUGGGACAGUUGGGCCCUUCGUCAAAAUAAAGGAAACAGGAGAGAUGUGUUUCCUGACUGUGAGACAUAUUUUUGGUCGUCUUGAGCAACCUGAUAAGAUGUUUAUUGGUUCAAAGGUUGCCCAUCGUUUAAGUAUCAACACUAAUGCAGGAAUUGAGCGUGUAUGUGGAACAGUGAUAGCAUCAGAAUACAACGAAUACAUUGACGCUGCUCUUGUCAAAUUAUCCCGAGAUCAUAUACCAAAUAGAUACAGUUUUGCAGCAGUCAAUGAAGAGAUGUUUCAAGCAGGGUCCUCUGCUCCGAAAUACGCAUGCAUACAUUCAAAUUUUGAAGUUGAAAAUGCGAAGCAAAACGAAAUAUUUCAAAUGCAAUUAACUAAGGUUGGGAAUAAAACUGGAUGGACGAAAGGUAGAAUGCUCUUUACUGAUGGAAAGGUUAUCACGAAACCAGAAACAAUUCUAUAUACGUACGAUGAGAGAAUGAUUACGGAAGCUGUCCCUUAUUACGGCUAUAUACAUGCUAAAAAUGAAAAUGGUGAUGCUUUUGCACAAAAAGAAGAUGACGGAUCUCCGGUUUAUCUAUUAGAUACUAAUGGUCAACUCCACUGUGUUGGAAUGCUUUGUUGUCAAAUGAAAAAUGGAGAUGAGUAUUUAAUUGGACAGAUCGGUUUUAUCUUAAAGAGCCUCGGGAAAAAAAUUGGACAGACAUUAUGAUUGAUAAAUUCGAACAGAUAGCAGACAAAAUUGAUCCUUAUGACAAAGAACUUUACAACCAUACGCUGAAGGAUGGAUUCGAGUAUGACUCCCAAAUGAGAAUAAAUAUAAUUGGUUUCUUUGCGCAAGGGAAAACGACCUUAACAAGGAGA